GGGAUAUAGUGUUUUGGCCCAUAUAUAUUUUUAUAUAAAUAUUCCUUUGUAACCGGCCAAACAGCCCAAACCUGAGCUCUUUCACGCACAUUUGUUCUUUCAAAAAAUUUGAAAAACGUGUCCGUUGAUUUCUCAGGCAAAUAACACGCGUCUGUCUGUCCAGAUUUCACAUUCCAGGAAUUUUAUAGCUCCUUCAACCUGCAUUUUCUGAUUGUGUUGCUAAAGCUCAUAUUUUGAUCUAUUUUUUCUGAUAAAAUUAGACCUUUUUGUGUAGUGCCCUUCUGUUGUCAGUCUCUGAGAAUCCUCAAAACCCAAUUUCUAGUAUUUUUAUAAUUUCACUUACGGUCAAAAUCCCAGAAAAUUUCAUUCUCUUCAAGAUUCUUUCUUUUGUUGAAUUUUGAUCUGUUUUGAGUUCCCACAAAUAUGUCGGAAUUAAAGCCUAAUACACCCUUGAUCCAACCUUCAUCUUCUCGUAAACUUCCUGAUUUCAAACAAUCUGUGAAACUGAAAUAUGUAAAACUUGGCUACCAUUAUGUUAUCACUCAUGGAAUGUAUCUAUGUUUAUCACCUCUUGUUGUUCUUGUAGCUGCACAACUCUCUACAUUCUCAAUUCAAGAUAUCUAUGUCCUCUGGGACCAUCUUAGGUUCAAUCUCGUUUCUGUGAUCUCAUGCUCCACCCUCUUGGUGUUUUUAUCGACCCUUUACUUUUUAACGCGUCCCCGAUCUGUUUAUCUUGUAAAUUUUGCAUGUUAUAAGCCGGAAGAUGCUAGGAAAUGCCCUAAGCAGAUUUUCAUGGAAAGAUCCAGUUUAACGGGAACUUUCACAGAUCAAAAUCUUGAAUUUCAAAAGAAAAUUCUUGAAAGGUCAGGCCUUGGUGAAUCAACAUACCUCCCAGAGGCCGUUUUGCGAGUUCCUCCCAAUCCUUGUAUGGCUGAGGCAAGAAAAGAAGCUGAGAUGGUAAUGUUUGGUGCCCUUGAUGAGUUGUUUGAGAAAACGUCUUUGAAACCAAAAGAUAUUGGGAUCCUGAUUGUAAAUUGUAGCUUGUUUAAUCCAACACCUUCUUUGUCUGCAAUGGUUAUUAAUCAUUACAAGCUUAGAGGGAAUAUUAUUAGUUAUAAUCUAGGUGGAAUGGGCUGUAGUGCUGGUUUGAUCUCUAUUGAUCUUGCAAAAGAUCUUCUUCAAGUGCAUCCAAAUUCAUACGCUUUGGUCAUUAGCAUGGAAAACAUAACGUUGAAUUGGUAUUUUGGGAAUGAGAGGUCAAUGCUUGUCUCGAAUUGCUUGUUUAGAAUGGGUGGAGCUGCAAUUCUGCUUUCAAACAAGAGGUCUGAUCGGUGGCGAUCCAAGUAUAGUUUGGUACAUGCUGUUAGAACACACAAAGCUUCUGAUGAUAAGUGCUUCUCUUGUAUCACUCAGCAAGAGGAUCAUACAGGAAGAAUUGGAGUGUCUCUGUCAAAGGAUCUGAUGGCAGUUGCUGGAGAUGCUUUGAAGACUAAUAUCACUACCUUGGGCCCUCUCGUGUUGCCAAUGUCUGAACAGUUACUCUUCUUUGCAACGCUGGUGGGAAGGAAACUUUUCAAGAUGAAAAUUAAGCCUUACAUCCCAGAUUUCAAAUUGGCUUUUGAGCAUUUCUGCAUUCAUGCUGGAGGAAGAGCUGUGUUAGAUGAGUUGGAGAAGAACUUGGAGCUUUCGGACUGGCAUAUGGAACCUUCAAGGAUGACACUUUAUAGGUUUGGCAACACUUCAAGCAGCUCUCUCUGGUAUGAAUUGGCCUACUCAGAAGCCAAGGGGAGAAUAAAGAGGGGAGACAGAACAUGGCAGAUAGCAUUCGGAUCUGGAUUCAAGUGUAACAGUGCAGUUUGGAAGGCUCUAAGGACCAUAAAUCCAGCUAAGGAGAAAAACCCAUGGAUAGAUGAGAUUCAACAUUUCCCAGUUGAUGUUCCAAAGGUUGCAGUCAUCUAAAGUUGUAACACCGUUCCCAGUUCCAUUAGUUGUGAUGUUUGGUGGUGGUUGCAGCGCUUUAUCAGUGUGAUUAAAAGAUGAUAGCAACCGGGUUGUCUUCUAUAUGGCAAGCCUUAUGGUGUCUUCAGUCCAGGGUAGGUAAAUGCUAGUGUUAAAAUCCGUUACAUUUGAUAGAAAACUUCAGGAGAUUUUUCGUCUAGGACAAGAGAUAGAGAUCAAUGUUUGUUUCAGAUUGACAUGUUGUUCUGGGAAUUUUUAUGAAGGAGAGAAUCUUACAUUUCUCUUCCUUUUAAUAAUUGAUUAAUAUUUCUCAUUA